AUGCCUCACAACUCCAUUAGAUCCGCAGUCCCCCCGGAUUACUGUCUUUCAGGCCAUGGUGGGCUGAACCAGCUGGGAGGGGCCUUUGUGAAUGGCAGACCCCUGCCUGAAGUGGUGCGUCAGCGCAUCGUGGACCUAGCCCACCAGGGCGUGAGGCCUUGCGACAUCUCCCGCCAGCUCCGUGUCAGCCAUGGCUGUGUCAGCAAGAUCCUUGGCAGGUACUACGAGACUGGCAGCAUCAGGCCUGGAGUGAUAGGGGGCUCAAAGCCUAAGGUGGCCACCCCCAAGGUGGUGGAGAAGAUCGGGGACUACAAGCGGCAGAACCCAACCAUGUUCGCCUGGGAGAUCCGAGACCGGCUCCUGGCUGAGGGUGUCUGUGACAACGACACUGUGCCCAGUGUCAGCUCCAUUAACAGAAUCAUCCGGACUAAAGUGCAGCAGCCAUUCAACCUUCCCAUGGACAGCUGCGUGGCCACCAAGUCCCUGAGCCCAGGACACACGCUGAUCCCCAGCUCAGCUGUGACGCCCCCAGAAUCUCCGCAGUCGGACUCUCUGGGUUCUACUUACUCCAUCAAUGGGCUCCUGGGGAUCGCCCAGCCUGGCAGCGACAGCAAGAGGAAGAUGGAUGACAGUGACCAGGACAGCUGCCGGCUGAGCAUUGACUCCCAGAGCAGCAGCAGCGGGCCCCGCAAACACCUCCGCACGGACACCUUCAGCCAGCACCACCUCGAGUCGCUUGAAUGCCCCUUUGAUCGGCAGCACUACCCGGAGGCCUACGCCUCCCCCAGCCACACCAAAGGCGAGCAGGGUCUUUACCCGCUGCCCUUGCUCAACAGCGCCCUGGACGACGGGAAGGCCACCCUGACCCCCUCCAAUACACCCUUGGGGCGCAACCUCUCGACUCAUCAGACCUACCCCGUGGUGGCAGAUCCUCAUUCACCCUUCGCCAUAAAGCAGGAAACCCCCGAGGUGUCCAGUUCUAGCUCCACCCCUUCCUCUUUAUCUAGCUCCGUCUUUUUGGAUCUGCAGCAAGUCGGCUCCGGGGUCCCAGCCGGUGCCUCGGUCCCGCCCUUCAAUGCCUUUCCCCAUGCUGCCUCCGUGUACGGGCAGUUCACGGGCCAGGCCCUCCUCUCAGGGCGAGAGAUGGUGGGCCCCACGCUGCCUGGAUACCCACCCCACAUCCCCACCAGUGGACAGGGCAGCUAUGCCUCUUCUGCCAUCGCAGGCAUGGUGGCAGGAAGCGAAUACUCUGGCAACGCCUACGGCCACACCCCCUACUCCUCCUACAGCGAGGCCUGGCGCUUCCCCAACUCCAGCUUACUGAGUUCCCCAUAUUAUUACAGUUCCACAUCAAGGCCGAGCGCGCCGCCCACCACCGCCACGGCCUUUGACCAUCUGUAG